AUGAUUGAUGAUCUGAAUGAUCUGAUUUUCUACUCUUCCAGCACCAGGGCGCUAACGUUGAAUUUUGGACGUCUCGUGGAGGAUACCUCGAGUAAUGAUAAUCCGUGGAAAUUGAUCAAAGACGAUGUUGUGAGAGCGGUGCCGAGGGGUGAAAUCGAUCCGGAUAUGGUGAAAGAGUGGUUGAAGCGCUGCAAUAAACAUCAUGAGAGAUGUGACGAUAUUCGGCUCAAGUUCUUUGACACUCAAUCGAGGGAAGCGCGCUGGAAUAUCGUUCUGAUUGAUGUUCGCAACAAAAAGUUGAUUAAGCGAAACUCGAAAUGUCGAUAUGUUGCGCUGUCGUAUGUCUGGGGAAGUGUCAGUCAAUUACAAUUGACCAUGGCAAAUUUCGAAGAACUACAGGUUCAUGGGUCUUUGAGGAAGCAUUGGGAUCAGAUCCCGAGAGUGAUACAAGAUGCCAUAGAUUUCACUGCUUCAAUUGGAGAGUACUGUCUUUGGGUCGACACGCUUUGUAUUCCACAAGACAGCGAUACUAGGCAGGAAGAUAUCGAAAGGAUGAACGAGAUAUACAGCGGAGCGAAGUGUACGUUAGUAGCUUUGUGUUCUCAAGACGCGAGAACCCCCUUAGCGGGCUUUCGACCCGGAACACGAAAGAUCAAACCCAUCGCCAAAUGUCACGAUCUCCUAAUCGCCAAACGAUCACCAGAUCUCUCCAAGAUCUUCUCUAUGUCGACAUAUGAGACUAGGGCAUGGACGUUUCAAGAGCGACUUCUCUCCUCACGAUGUCUCUUCUUUACAAACGAGCAGCUGUUCUUUCAUUGUCCGUCGGAACUAUGGAGUGAAGAUCGAUUCGAGCAUUUCAAACAGACAGCGGAUUUCUUUGGCAAUUUCGCAUCAUUGGAGCCUUCGAAGUCGAUCUCGGGGAUGUCAAGAAGUUUUAAGGAUGGUACGGCUGGGAAGUUUUCAGCUUACGCGGAAUUUAUCAGUCAGUAUUCGAAGAGAAUAUUGACGUUCAACUAUGAUAUCUUGAAUGCUUUUUCCGGAAUUUUGAACGCGAGAGGAAAGGAGUGGGAAUGGGAGUUCCUUCAAGGAAUGCCUCUUCAGUCCUUCUAUCUUGCACUCUUGUGGGAUUGCUCGGAGCUAGAUCAAGACCGCAUAUACAAACAUCACAGUGGAGAAAAGCUCCCAAGUUGGUCCUGGGCAGGAUGGUCUGGACCAAAAUACUACGCACUCGCCGAAUGCGUCGGCGAAGUCAACAACUUCGUAAUUGGACCCAUGGAAGUCACCCCUCACGAGGGCGAAAUGACCGACAACAGACGCCUGAGAUUUGACCGCCAUAACACCCACGCAGAACGCCUCUCCUCAAGCGACCGCCUCGACGUAUCCAACAUCCCCACCCUCGCCCACGCAAGCCUCCAACCCGACGUCCUCUUCUUCUGGGCCGAAGAAGUAUCCUGCCGGCGCUUCAACUUCCUCCUCACACACAUCAACCCGAGCAAACUAAUCCCCGGCCGCACCGACAACCGCGUGAUGCGGAUCCUAAACCACCAACACGGGUCUUGCGGUCUGCUCUUACACUCCGGCAACUCUCCCCCAGGGUAUUUAAAAACCUGGAACUUUCAAUUCACGGCAGCGAAUUUCAAGUUGAUUCGGCUGGCCGACUCGCGACCGGUGACAAGGUGGCUGGACGAUGGGAUUGUGGAGGCGGACGAGGCGAUGAAGUGGGAUCAGAAUAUUUUUGAGGAUGCGUAUAGGCCGGCUGUGGAGGUGUAUACGGUUAUGCUGGUGAGUUGGACGGAUGAGGGGUAUGCGGAGAGGGUUGCUAUGGGGCAGAUUCAUCCGAGGGCAUGGGAGGAGGCGGAGCCGAGGGGGAGACAUAUUUUGCUUCGUUGA